CAUUGACAGUGCGCGACAGUUCGCCGGCGGUAGUUCGUCGUAAUCCGCUUCGUUUUAGUUUAUUCUUCGUAGUUUUUAAUAAAUAGUAUAGUAUUUCAAGCGUACUAGUUAUAAUAAUAAUAUUAAGAAAAAGAAAAAGAAAAAGAAAAAGAAAAAAAAUUGAGCAUCGAAGAAGUUCAGAUCGUAAUCAUUUUUAAUAUACAACAAACGAAGAUAAGAAAAAAAGGGAAAACGUCAAAAAUUCUGAAACACCGCCCUUCGUUGUCAAAGUAAUGGCCCCAUCAAGCUUCGAGUUAAUACUCUUCGGAUUCAUCCUGUUAUUACCCUUUCUCUAUGAAACAAGCCGGACUUUUCGUUAUUACUUCAAAUUUAUCCUCUAUUAUGGCAUUGUAACUAUCCUCGCCAUAGUAUUCAUACCAAUAUUUCUUCUACGACCGAAAAACAUCAAGAAUCUUGUAUUAGCAUCAUAUCCGUGUAGCUAUAUUAAUAUUUUAUUGGGAUUACGUUGGGAACUUAGAGGGAAAGAACAUUUAAAUCAAGAUGUAGCAUGCAUUAUAGUAGCUAAUCAUCAAAGUUCCUUAGACCUUUUGGGCAUGUUUGAUAUAUGGCCGAUAAUGGACAGGUGUACAGCAAUCGCUAAAAAAGAAAUCUUUUAUUUUUGGCCUUUUGGUUUUGCUGCUUGGUUAUGUGGAUUAAUAUUUAUAGAUAGAUUGAAUUCAGAUAAAGCCCGUUCUGUUAUUAAUACAGCCUCCGAACAAUCAAAAGAUAAACAGUUCAAACUAUGGAUAUUUCCAGAAGGUACACGACGUAAUACUGGAGAAAUUCAUCCAUUUAAAAAAGGUGCCUUUUAUGCUGCAAUUAAUGCUCAGUUACCUAUAUUACCAGUAGUAUUUUCAUCUUAUUAUUUUUUGUCUAACAAAGAGAAAAGAUUUGAUUCAGGUCGUAUAGUCAUAACAACAUUACCACUUAUACCUACUAAGGGAUUAAAUAAAGACGAUGUAGAAUUAUUGAUGGAGAAAACUAGAAAUGUAAUGACCGAAGCCUUUCAUGCGACUAGUACAGAGGUACAACUUGCACUUCCUUCUGCUAAGCCAUAUGUAGAAUGAUCAUUCUUUGAAAAUUCAACUGGCAAUUUGAUUGAAUUUCGAAAUGAAAACCAAAAACUAAUGUUUUUCUUUCCGCUUUUAAUGUUAAUCGAUUAUAUUUAUUUUUAUUGUUAUAUUUACAAAAAGACAUUGAUCAUAAGUCAAAAUCAUAUUCAUUCUUGAUAAAAAUAUUAAACGUUUUUUUAUAUUUUAUUUUAAUAUACGUUUUCUUAUGUUCCAUACAUUUACUUACAAAUAGUAUAUAUUGAUCAUUUUUUCCAUUUCUUCUCAUUCAUA